AUGAGCCAACCCGAUAUCACUUUGUACACCUGCCAGACUCCCAAUGGAAUCAAGAUCUCCAUUGCGCUAGAAGAGCUGGGACUUCCCUAUAAGGUAGAAAAUAUUGAUAUAAGCAAAAACACCCAGAAAGAGCCCUGGUUCCUUGAGAUCAAUCCCAAUGGCCGCAUUCCUGCUUUGACCGACACGUUCUCUGAUGGUCAAAAGAUUCGUCUGUUCGAAUCUGGCGGCAUUCUCACCUAUCUUGCCGAGCAAUAUGACAAGGACUACAAGAUCUCUUACCCUAAGGGUACUCGCGAGUACUACGAAAUGACCAAUUGGUUGUACUUCCAGAACGCUGGCGUGGGCCCCAUGCAAGGUCAGGCAAACCAUUUCGUCCGUUAUGCACCCGAGCGCAUCGAAUACGGCAUGACUCGGUAUACCAAUGAGACGAGGCGGCUGUAUGGCGUUCUUGAUGAGCACCUUGCCAGCUCCAAGUCAGGAUACCUCGUCGGUGAUCACAUCUCGCUUGCGGAUAUUUCGCACUGGGGAUGGGUUGCGGCUGCUGGUUGGGCCGGUGUCAAUAUUGAAGAGUUCCCGCACUUAAAGGCGUGGGAGGAGCGUAUGGCUGCUCGGGAGGGCGUCGAGAAGGGUCGUCAUGUCCCAACGCCUCAUACCAUUAAGGAGCGUCUUAAGGACCAGAAAACUAUGGAAGAGGACGCGGCUAAAGCCCGCCAGUGGAUUAUGCAGGGCAUGAAGGCUGACGCUAAGCAUUAA